UAAAAUGAAUAAUAAUCCAAUAAACGACCAAUCACAACCCUUAACUAUAGAUAUCCUCACUAAUGAACAACAACAAAUGCUUCUAGAACGUCAGCACGCGUUGUGUGUAGCUGCCGUACAAAACGUUAAUUUUGCUAAUGUAAAUUUAGAAGCUUCUGCUUUUCAAAGAAGCAGCAGCGUAAUAGUUGUUCCACCUAGUCAAGAAAAAGGGACUAAAAGAAAAAGGAAAGAUGAUAAUGGGCAACAAGAAUUACAGCAAAAAAUGCCUAAAAUGAUAACACCAGUAAAGAGUCCAAAAGAGGUGUUGGGUGUAAAUCGUUUUAUUAGUCCCUUCUCGGAAGAGGCUAAAAUACCGUUACCGCAUGAAUUGAAUGAAUUGAGCACACACGGAACUACCGUUUGGAAGCGUAAUGAACGUGAAAGGAUUAGAGUUAGACAAGUUAAUGAUGGAUAUACGAGGUUGAAGAACAUUUUGCCUCUGACUGAAAAUGAUCGCCGACUUAGCAAAGUUGAUACUCUUCGCCUAGCUAUUGCAUAUAUUCACCAUUUGGAAAACUUAAUUAAUGAAGGGGUUAAUCAUCUAAUCGAGUGCCAAUGUUUUAAUUAUGUGAUGGGAGAAUGCAGCAGUGCUGAAAAUACACCGCCACCAAAUUAA